GGAGCGUGCGCUGCCAACCGCCCAGCUGUGUGCGCGUGCUCUCUGUGACACUGGGCUAGCUUUCACCCAACGAGGAAGUGGAGGACAUGUCCCGCGACUGAAGCACAAACAAAGAGGGAACCGUCGGAUCUCUCCCCAAGCUUCCUGUGAGGUGGGGACGAGGCAAGGCAGCGCCGCCAUGUUUGUGUGCACCCCAUCGGCCUCCUCGGCGUGAGCCCUCGUUCGCUGCCCGUCACCUUCACCGUCAAUAUUUGUGCCCAACCAUGGCCGCUGUUCCUCCUGGGAUCCGCCUGCUGGUGUCCUUCGACAGAGACCAGUGGUACAGAGCUCUCACUUUCCUGCUCACCUUCCUGCUUUACACCAGCUUCCACCUCUCCAGGAAACCCAUCAGCAUCAUCAAGAGUGAGCUCCAUAAGAACUGCUCCUCCGUCAGUGAGGCCUCCACCAUGACCUCCAGCAGCAGCCAGCAGACCUCGCCGCCGCCGCUGCACACGCCCACCGACUGCAGCUGGAAGCCUUUCGAUAAAAAGAACUACAAACAGCUGCUGGGAGCCAUGGACUACUCCUUCCUCUGCGCCUACGCCGUGGGAAUGUACCUCAGCGGCAUCAUCGGGGAGCGCGUGCCCAUCCGGCUGUACCUGACCGUGGGCAUGCUGACCAGCGGCCUGUUCACCUGCCUGUUUGGACUGGGUUACGUCUACAACAUCCACAAUCUGAGCUUCUAUAUAUUUGUGCAGGUGGCCAACGGCUUGGUCCAAACCACUGGCUGGCCCAGUGUGGUGACCUGCAUCAGCAACUGGUUUGGUAAAGGAAGGCGGGGGCUCGUCAUGGGCCUGUGGAACUCUCACACCUCGGUUGGGAACAUCCUGGGCUCUCUGAUCGCCGGCUACUGGGUCUCCUCCAACUGGGGCCUGUCCUUCAUCGUCCCGGGGAUCGUCAUCGCAGUCAUGGGCAUCGUCUGCUUUUUCUUCCUCAUUGAGCAUCCAAAUGACCUGAAAAUCAUGUAUGCUGAUAAUUCUUCUCCAAACAAGAACCAGGUCCCAACCAAGAGUUGGAAUGGCGUGAAUGGAAACACGGAAGUGUAUAUCCAGUACAAGGACAACAACACCCAGGUGAACUACUAUUACAAGGAUAGUGUUGCAAACCAGAAGAGCUACGACACGGAGCUGCUGUUGCCCAGCGACAGUGUGCGUGUCCCUGUGCAGCCGGUCGUGGUGGUGAAGAGGGAAGUGGAGCCAUCCGCCAUCAGCUUCAUGGGAGCUUUACGCAUACCGGGAGUGAUCGAGUUCUCUCUGUGUCUGCUCUUUGCCAAGCUGGUCAGCUACACCUUUCUCUUCUGGCUCCCGCUCUACAUCACCAAAGCAGCUCACCUUGAUGCCAAGAAGGCCGGAGACCUCUCCACCCUGUUUGACGUGGGAGGAAUAGUGGGGGGGAUCCUGGCGGGCGUGAUCUCUGAUAAACUGGGGAAGAGAGCCACCACCUGUGCCAUCAUGUUGCUGCUGGCUGCUCCCACACUGUACGGCUUCUCUAUGAUCAGUGAGUUCGGUCUGGGGCCCACCGUCGGCAUGCUGCUGGUGUGCGGAUGCCUCGUCAACGGGCCGUACUCCCUCAUCACAACGGCAGUGUCUGCUGAUUUGGGGACCCACAAGAGCCUGAAAGGCAACGCCAGAGCGUUGUCUACCGUCACCGCCAUCAUCGAUGGCACCGGAUCUCUCGGCGCCGCUCUGGGCCCCCUGCUGGCCGGGCUGCUGUCUGCAGGCGGCUGGGACCGGGUCUUCUACAUGCUGAUGGCCGCCGACUUCCUGGCUCUGUUGACUUUGCUCCGGCUUGUGACGAAGGAGCUGAGCUCCACCAAACCCCGCCCCAUCUUCGCUGUGGAGUUGAAGGAGCACUGAGCACUUUGAUUGCACACACACACACACACACACACACACACACACAGCCCAUGUACUCGCGUCCCUGAAGAAGAGCUGAAGCUGAAGUCUGGUGAACCAAAAGGAGCUGCAGCAUCUGGAGGAUUCAUCUUCACACACGACUCAACUUCCCUCUCCUCUCCUCCUCUGCCGUUGAGCUUUCAUGUAAGUCAACUUAACCCUCCGUGAAUCCAGACAUGUCUGAUGUGAAGCUUCAUGUUGCCACAUCACACGGACAGAGAGCUCAGCAAUGACUGUUCUGUGUCUUUGAGACUUCAACCCCUUCCACACAUGGAAAGCUCCCUGUAGAGUUUCUGAUCUCUGCUUAUUUAGUGUAGAGAGAAUUUAAAUAUAAUAUCAGCUCACUGUUGACCUGGUGGCUCUUUUAAAAAGUGAGAGUGAAUCUUUCCUCCUGUGUGGCUGAAUGUGUGGAGCACAAACCACUACAACUCUCCUCUGUGUGGAAGUUGCUGUCUGCGUGUCUUCUUUGCCUUACUGAACCAAAGAAUGUUAAUGUAAUUUAAUUGAGAGACUAAUUGUUGGUUUUCUGAUUGUUUUCUGAUUUUUGUUUUUUCUCUGAAAUGACGCCACCAAAGGUGUAUUUUUAUUUUUAUAUAUGAGACGGAUGCAGAUCGUGACGUAUGUUUUCUGUGGGUGGUGAUCUGAGAUAUUAUGAAUGUAACGUUCCUGUCGAACUUUUCACAUGUCAUGAGGUCAUGUUUAUCAGUGCAAUGUUGAGAACUUGGGUUUGUGGUUGAGUAAGUUGUCCUUUGUGACUGAAUCGUAUCUUCCAGUCUAUGAUCUUGUACGCAUAACAAAGGAAAAUCUGAACAGUUAGAUUAAAAAAAGCUAAUUUGCUUUCCCUGACACACUAAUUCUAUUCAGUAAAUUUACUCUGUAAUUUAUAUCAACGUCAAAUCCACCAAAUAUCUUAUGUCAUUUAAUAUUGUGAACUUAUUCAUUCUUUAUUCACUUAUCAUAAUGCAUUACUGGGAACAAGACCACGGUUUGUGUGUAUUUAUGAUGUGUCAGUGGUAGUAGGCCUAGGACUUGAAACAUUGUGUGCCUUAUUUGUUGAUUGUCUUUUUUCCAGGCAUUUUCUUUUGUAAAGAAAUAACAUAUCCAAAUGUUUACUUGCUUUAUUUGGAAUAAACAAAUUGUUUUCUCA